CGGGACAGGAGGGAUCGGGAUAGGGAGAGGGAGAGGGAUCGGAACGUGGGGAGGGACAGGGAGAGGGAUGGGGAGCAUGCCGGCGGCAGGGGCCGGGGGCCACGGGAGCGCGAUCGAGGAGACAGGAAGCGCGACCGCCCGGACAGGGAGCGGGAGAGGAGCCGGGACUGGCGCGGGGACAGGGGGCGGGAAAAGGCCAGGGAUCGGGACAGGGACAGGCGGCAGAGGCCCAGGUCGGCGUCGAGGUCGAAGUUGAAGGCGAGUGCGCACCAGAGGUCCGCGUCCAGGGGAAGGCAUCGGUGGUCGAGGUCCAGGUCCAGAUCGAGGUCUGGGAAACGAUACCGUCGGGAUCAGAGAGACAGAAGAGGCCGGCGUAGGAGCAGGAGUGCGAGCGGAGACUAUGGCGGAUAUGUGCCAAGGAAGAGGCAAGAACCUCCACAGCCAGGAGCGGCAGGGUACAGCAACAGUAACGACCCAUUUUAUUACUUGAGACAAGGAGGCACUGCCGCAGCAGAUCCCCAGGAAGCGCUGAGACAGUGGCAGGAGCAGCAGCUGCGCUCCAGGCAGCUGGUGCUCCAGCAGCAGGCGGUGUCUGCUGCGGCUGCUGCCAGCAAGACACAGAGAGAGGUAAGGCGGGUAGGUCUCAGCCCCAAUCCCCAACCAUCGGACAUUCAGUGGUGA